GUACAUUUAAAAUUGUUAACGGAAGAUAAACGCAUUUACUCGGCUUAAGACGGUCGGUGUUGUGGUAGUUGUUACUCAUAAUUAAUAAAAUACAACAAAACCAAAACAUUCAACAAUAUCUGUGUAAAAAGAAUAAUUCCAAGUUGAAGCAUAAAUAAUUAAUUCUUAAGAAUUGUAAAAGAAGUUAAGAAUUGUCAUGAGUUUUCCGGUGAUCAAUAAUUUCUAUCAACAUUUGUUAUUUCUGCUGCCAUUAGCUUCUGAUCAUUUUACUUAUGAUGAACCAACAGAAUGGUAUAAUGAAUUUCCACAGUGUGGAGGUCAUAAGCAAUCACCAAUUGCUAUAACAACGCACAAGACUAUCGAUGUUAUAGCGCCACCAAUAUUAUUUGGUUUAUAUGACGCCCCCAUGUCACAACCCUUAAACAUACGCAACAAUGGUCACACAGUUGAAUUUAAAGUACCACCAACAGUAUUGGGUGACAAACCCUUUAUAACUGGAGGCAUAUUAGAUGACAUCUACGAAGUGGAACAGGUACAUUUUCAUUGGGGUUCAACACUACGCAAAGGAUCGGAGCAUGUUUUGAAUGGUCAUCAAUACGAUAUAGAAAUGCAUAUAGUGCACAAAAAUAAAAAAUAUGAUAACAUGAAGACGGCCAUUCAUUUUGAGGAUGGAGUGGCAGUAGUGGGAGUUUUAUUUAAGGUGGUAAAGACCGAUCAAGUUUAUUAUCCCGGCUUAAAUGUGGUUUAUGGUAUUUUGCCUAAUGUGCAGCAAUUUAAUUCUUCCUCCUCGGCUGAUGAAUUAAUAAGUUUGGGUUCUUUAUUGGGCAAUAUAAAUCGUGAAGAUUUCUACACCUAUCAGGGUUCAUUAACUACACCACCCUGUGCUGAAGCAGUGACCUGGAUAAUAUUCUCCGAUAUUUUACCUAUAUCUUAUAGAGAAUUACCCAAAUUCUGGAAUGUUUUAGAUGAGCAGGGUAAAAACUUUGUUAAUGUUAGACCCAUACAAAAUAAUGGUUUUCGCAAAAUCUAUCAUCGUAAGCCUUUAUUUAGAUUUAAAUAUUUUGGCUGGCAAAAGUAGUUAGUUUUUAACUAACGAAUUUAUAUUUAUAUUAAGUUAUUAAUACAACGAUUUAUUUUUUUAUAAGGUUUUUUUUAUAUGUUUUUCUAUAUAAAAGUAUUA